AUUUGAGGAAGUUUUUUGCUUUAAUAGCAGAGUUUGUACAGAUUCUCUUCUUUUUAAUACUGGCAUUUCAAGAUUUCAUAUCAUAUCAAGAACCAGUUUCCCACAGCUUCUAUCUCUACCAAAAGAAAGAAAGAAAAAGUUGUUUAAAGAAAAAAGUAACUCACCCCACACCACUCCUGUUUUGCUAAUUUUUGUAUAAAGUUAGACUAAAAGGCGUUUUUCUCGGGCUUUGUUCUGUUUCACUCUCACACAAACAUAAACCUAAAUUGUUAACACUCCCCAUUCAGCCAUUUUUUCCCCUUUUUUUCUUUUUCUCUUUUCAUUUCAAUAACAAAAUAUCAUCUUCUUCUUUGUGCAUUUUCCCCUUCCAAUUAUUGAUUAGUAUUAUCUAAUGUGAUUAUCUUUUCAAACAACAAGAAUAUCUUCGAUUUGAAAUUUUUAGUUUUGGGUAUUCUUCAAAAUGUCAUCUACACCAGCUGAAUAUCCUUUACAGCAACAGCUACCACCGCCCAUGUUUAUGAGCCAACAAGCUUAUUCGGAUCGUCCGGGUCACGGGUCGGUUGGACCCGUAAUCGCUGUUCUUGCUGUUAUAGCUGUAUUGGGAGCCAUCGCUGUAAUGAUAGGCAGAUUGUGUUCGGGUCGGAAGAUAAUGGGUCGUGGUCAGUACGAUUUUGAAGGAUGGGUUGAGACCAAGUGCGCGUCUUGUAUCGAUGGCCGGGUCGACCCGAUACCACGACCGGUUACUAUGGCGCCACCGCCGGUGGUGGUUGCUGAGAGCAGCAGCAACGGUAGUCCCGGCGGUUCUGCGCCGGUUUCGGUGCCGGAGCCGGUGGAAAUGAGAGAGGAAGAAGCAUCUAAACAACAAAGUAAUUUACAUGAGCAUCAUCCACAUGAAAGAACAGAGUCUUGAAAUGCUUUUUUUUCUUUUUCUCUUU